GACGUCAGCUUGCAGCGCCAUCUAUGCUAAAAAUACUGUAAUGGCUUCCAAACUUAGAAAAUGAAUGACGGAGAGGGCCCUGGAUCUCAGCACGCGGGACAGCUAGGCCCAGUGUCAGGGGCAAUGGGGAUGAUGACAAAACAACAGGCAGAUGAUGUAGGCCAACGCCCGCAAUAUUCGAUGCCAGGGAUAUUGCAUUUUCUACAAACGGAAUGGGCUCGUUUUGAGAUGGAACGAUCACAAUGGGAAGUGGAGCGUGCAGAGCUUCAAGCAAGAAUAGCUUUUCUCCAAGGAGAGAGGAAAGGACAGGAGAAUCUGAAGCAGGACCUGGUCAGAAGAAUCAAGAUGCUGGAGUUUGCUCUCAAACAAGAGAGAGCCAAAUAUCAUAAAUUAAAAUAUGGAACAGAAAUCAAUCAAGAAGAUCUCAAACCCCCAUCACUUGAGAAAAGAGAAGAGGAGGGUGUAGAUGGGGAAGUACUGCCGUCCGCGGGGAAUGUGUCAUGGCGACAAGGCAGACACCUUCUUAGACAAUACCUACAAGAGAUUGGCUACACAGAUACAAUUAUUGAUGUGAGGUCAGCCAGAGUUCGCUCCCUUUUGGGCCUACAGGCUCACGCUGCGGAGAGUGAAGCCGAGGGGGCCCAGCCUGCUAUUGUACAGAUGAACGGAGAUGUGUCCAAUAAACGGGUCAAUGAUCAAGGGAAAGCCAGGGGGAAGAAAGUGCCAGCUUCUCUUGUCGAUUCUGCCCUCCUUGACAGCGAGGCUUCGGUCUUGGCCACUCUUGACUUUCUUGGUCAAGAUGGCGUCGAAGAUGAAGAUAAUCUCAGUGAUGAAGAUGAUGGCUUGGCUGGGGAUGAUGAAGGAGAAGUCAAACACAUAAAGAAACGACCAAAGAUGCAGAAUGUGGACAACAUUGCGAUGAUCGACGAUGACACAGAGACAGAGGAAGCCCUGGCCGAGUUUGAUUUCCUCGUAGAGGAAGCAGAGAAUGGAGCGGGUGAGGCACAGAGCCACGGUGACGGACCGGAGUGGGUGCAAAAUGAUAAGGACGAAUGGGACGUGGACCAGCGACUUAUAGAUAGACUUAAAGACCAGUAUAAGAAGGAGAGAAAGGGCGUUAAGUCAAGACCAAAGCGAUCAGCCUUGCAGCAAAUGCUGGCCAAUCUGGGAUCAGAUGAAGAUGCUUUCUCCUCCCAAUCCUCGUCCUAUCAGAGUGGGGCUGCCUCAAGUCCCCAGAGGGGAAGUAACUCCCCCGGCUCACCAGGAUCGAGUGGGAUGGAUGCAGAUGAGAUGGGUAUCCAAGGAGGAACAUCCAUUGCAUUUCCAUCUGAAUCUCGGAAACAGAUGAUUGGCACUGAUCCAGACGACGAAAGUUUGGAAGAUCUCGGAGAGUUAGCAGACCUAACAGUCAAUAACGAGGCCGAUCAAAACAAUUACGAUAUAUCAUCUCCCAAGGAGGUUUAUAGGAAAACCUGGAAUGCCAAGUAUACACUACGCAGUCACUUUGAUGGGGUGCGGGCAUUAGCAUUCCAUCCUGUGGACCCAGUUCUUAUCACGGCCUCAGAAGACCACACCCUUAAAUUAUGGAACCUCCAAAAAACAGUCCCUGCCAAAAAAGCCACUUCAUUAGAUGUAGAACCAGUUUACACAUUUCGUGCACACAUUGGUCCGGUGUUAUGUCUAGCGGUCAGCUCCACUGGAGAACAGUGCUUCAGUGGGGGUCAAGAUUCUACAAUCAGAUGCUGGAAUAUACCCAGCUCAAAUAUAGACCCAUAUGAUUCUUUCGAUCCAAGUGUUUUAAAUUGUACAUUAGAAGGCCAUACAAAUGCAAUCUGGGGGUUGUCUGUACACAGUUCUAAGAUGCAGCUACUAUCGUGUUCCGCGGACGGCACGGUGCGCCUCUGGAGUCCGGGGCAGAAACCACCUCUCCUACAGAGCUACACAGCAGAGGAGGCUGAUGGUGUGCCAACUUCAGUAGAUUUUGUUAGAUGUGAUCCAAGCCAAAUGGUGGCUUCCUACUCAUCAUCAAAUACUUAUAUUUAUGAUAUAGAGACAGCCAAGCAGGUGCUCUGUAUCGACACCAAAUCAGCCUCAGAAGAUGGGAGUAAUAACCAGAUAAACUGUGUGGUAAAUCACCCCACCCUCCCCGUCACGAUUACGGCACACGAGGAUCGCAACAUUAGGUUCUUUGACAACACCACAGGAAAACUGAUACACUCCAUGGUGGCACAUUUAAAUGCUGUGUCAAGUUUAGCUGUAGAUCCCAAUGGGUUAUACUUAUUAUCUGGAAGUCAUGAUUGUUCAAUAAGACUGUGGAACCUAGAUAGUAAAACCUGUGUACAAGAAAUAACCGCCCAUAGGAAGAAAUUUGAAGAGUCAAUACACGAUGUGGCAUUUCACCCGUCAAAGCCGUAUAUAGCCAGUGCUGGUGCUGAUGCCCUCGCUAAGGUAUUCGUCUGACAGAAGAGCGACAUAGAGACAAGAAAUUAUACGGGAACUAGUUAAUCAUCCUUCAUAAUCAGUGUCAGCCACUGGAGCUCUUCUGAUACAAAUAAUCAAAUAUAUUCAGCUAUACCGAUAUCAGAGGACGGAGAAUUUUCUCAGAGCCAUUGUGAUCCUUUGUUUACUCUACACAAAUCAGUUCUGCCAAAGUGUUGAAGCUGUGAGGGAAAAAAUAGGGUGAUACUUUGUUGCUUUAUAUGGCCAACGGUAUGGGCCAGCGUGGCAGCCAGCUUGUGUGAUAAACUGUGAAAGCUUGUAAAUGGAAUUCGUACCAGCAUGAUUCUUAAACAAGAGAUGAAACUGAGCAUAUCUGUUGAGAUAUCUCUUUGUAUCUCCAAUAUUUAAAGAGUUCUUGUGUAUUUUUCUUAUUGGAUUUAUUUUCAUGCUAUAGACAAUAUUUUUUGUUUAUUAUCAAGUUCUGUAACUCAAGUACAAAUGCAAAAGAGCAUUGUUGCAUUGAAGGAUUUUUCUCGGGGAAAGUUUUGUACUUUACUCUCAUUAUGUAUAUGGCUUACAGACAUUCAUGCCCACUGUUUACCAUGCAGUUUCUUUGUGAUAUUUUUCUUCUGCAGAUAAAAUUUUUAUAUCAACUAUCUUACAUGUAAAUUUAACAGUGUAUUUAUUAUGAAAUUAUUUAUAACAAGAACAAUAAUUAUGUAAUAUAAAAAUGAGUUUUAUUUGACAGAAGAGUGUGUAAAUGUAUGAGUGUGAAUUAUUCAGUUCAUAUCACUGUAAAUUAUGGCAUCUGUCUACCUUACGAGGGUGGUGUAGCUAGGUGGAUUGCCAUUGGCGGGUCACCUACAUGUACGUAGGUAGGUGAGACCAUUGCCAGUGUGUUUGUGAAGAGCGAGGUGGAUGUUUAUUGUGUUAUUAAUUAUGUUAAUUUCCAUCCUCAUUCAGACUGUAGAAAGGUGGUUCAUGUAACAUUAAUGGCAGUAUUUAUCAUUAAUUAUGGGCAAUUGUUACAAGUACCAAUAAAGAAGAUUGUAUUAUAUAAUUUUACCAAGUUUAAUAUAUGUCUACCCAUUUAGAUUUAUAACUACAUCAACAUUGAGGAAUUAUAGGCAGAAAUAGAACGGUGAAUUUUACAUACAUCUAUAUGCCCCAACACAUUACAAGUUACACAAAACACAGGUUGCCAAAAACCCAGAUUUUAUAGAGCAAUACAAAUUAUUUGUAAAUUAGUGCUAUGUAGUUUUCCUGAAACCAUUUUACUGGCAUAGUUUUUGGCUUUACUGAAUUUUGUACAAGAUUCACAAUAUUAUAAUAUAGAGAUUUUUUCCAAGCUAACAUUCAAUGUUGGACUUCCAUAUUCUGAGUAAAGUGGUUAUUAUUUUCCACACUGCAAUAACAAACCUGCCCUCCUGCAUGAUUGGAACAUGAACAAAACGUGACAUUUUUGCAGACAGAGAGUGGGUGUGGUGCUGACAUUUUGUACAUAGUCCCCCAUUGUAUGCCAGUCCUGUAGUCCUGAUCAGGUUGUAUGAUAUGUUUUAAUGUGUGUGUGUAUUGUAAAUCAGAAUUAUACAACUAUGUAAUGUGCUUGAGGACAUUUAAGGGAUUAUACAUAGUCUAGUGUAGUCAUUAACAAAUCUAAACUCUUCUCUUCUCUCUCUCUCUUACUCCUUUUGUUGUCUUAAGAUUAAAAAAGAAAAACUUGUGUAUGUAUUACUGAUCAAUGGGGGGUUCACUUUCUGUAAUGAUUCUUUUGUGUCAUGCAUCUUGCUUUUGAUGAAUUCUGUGUUCAGGAAAACUGUUGCGGACACUUUAUGGUACAGCCAUUUUCUGUAUACAUAGGCUAAUAAUAAACACAUUUCUACAAGUAUGAAUAAA